CAGGUCUACGUACACGUCUAGGCGUCUGAUCGGCAAGAAGUUGCGCGUUAAUCGUUGCCCGCGCGAACUCGGCGACUCGUCGGCUGCCGUGUCAGCGGCCAGGGACGGCUCGACGUUCAGCACUGCUCGACGUUAUCAUGAUAUGGUGACAGGGAGUUACUUACCUGUACCGAACGGCAAGGCGAGCCAUGACCGUCUCACUCGCUCCAGAGGCCUGCUCCUCGAGUUCCGACGACGACACUAUAUUCUUGCGCUCUUUGCGCUCCUCACGCUGUUCGUCCUCGUACGACAGCCUCAUGUGACCCAAGCAGAGCCAAAUCAUACCCGCUACGAAGUGCCGCACCCUAUAGCCGACUCUCUGCUCGACGCAGGCGACGGAAAGGCAGCAUCAGCCGAAUUGCUUGCAGCCGCGCAAGACGAUGACGCACCUGACGACUCUGACGGCGUGUCUGGCGAGCUUGGCUUCGAUGCAGAUCAGCUCUUGCCAAGCUGGGGUAGCCCGGUACCCUUAGCGCUCGAGGCUAUCAAGGAGCUCGUCGGCAUCCGCCCACAGUUCAUCGUGCUCGACUAUCCGAGUCCAUCAAGCUGGCCCCAGCAGAGGCGUUUGAUUGAGUCCUGCCUCGAGUUCGGUCGUCUCUUCGAGCGGAUACCAAUCAUUCCAGACUCGAUCUGGACUCAUAGAUGCGUCGAGGGUAACGACUGCAGUCGACAUGCCAUCAAGACGCAAGUCAUCGACGGCCAGCAAUACUUUCAGCUCGAUAUUGCUCAUUUUGUGGACAUGAGCCAUCUGCGAUCGACCUACGGACCUGUCAUAACUCUGUACGAAUACUGUCUCCACUUUGGGCUGAGCCCAAAGCGGAUCAGGAUCGACGGUCUAUGGGACCACAAACUCUACCACCUAGCGCCGGGCGCAGAGCCGGUUGAGUCAAUUCUGACAGAAUCAAAUGGAGCCUCUCUCUUCACGUUGCCGGAGGGACAAUAUGAGCACACGGACACUUUGCGCGUAGACACGCGCGCAGGCCAAGACGACGCCCCAUGGGACAACAAGACAACGACGCUUGGCCUAACGCACGAAGCCGUACUCGAACGCAUGUCUAACAGCAGGGUCCUAUCGAUCGAUGCCUUACGCGAAGCUCUACAGCGCGAUGGCGAGUUCGAUUUGCCAGACGAAGACAGCCUCUUGAUCGAAGAUUUGAAGCGAGUCGGCUUCGUGGCUUUGUACACAUACUCGAGUGUCUGGCAGGCAUCUGGGGCGCUCGUCGCCCCAGAUACUCAGAUCGCUCCGGCUGCAAUGGUGCACGGCCUGGCGCAGAAUUUCGUCGUGCCAGACGAUGUCUUUCUCUUGCAGGGCUCUUUGCCCGUCUGCCUGGGUGGCAUGCGCUACAGCACAAGCGACGCACGCGACAGACACACCGCCAUGAUGCUCGAGAGCCUAGUGCCACCCCAGCACAUUCAGAGCGUCGCGGCCUCAAUGGCGCUCGCCUUCUCGACUGCAGCAGAUGGACGCGCCUGGACGGGCAUCGAUCUCUCGCCAUCCGAGGGGUCUCGUCAAGACAGUCUGGCAGCACAGACCCUUGACAAGCUGCAUGCCGCUCGCAUCGCGCUUCGCUCGCACAUUGGUCCCAACCGUGCACCAGAAGAGGACGAUGCCUUCUACUUCUACACCAAUCAGCCGGAAUCCUCGGCCGAGGUCGUGCAGCUGCGUGAGAAUCGCGGGAUCGUUUUACAAAAUAUGCUCGCGCCCGCCGAUCGACGAGAGCUCGGAUACGCUGCAGACUUCCCUGAUCUCCUGGACAUACUCUAUGAGCAGCUACUCGCGAGAUCCGAUUACUUCAUUGGCAGUCUCAAUAGCACUCUGUCGGGCGGUGUACUCAAUUCCCGGCAAGCUCGCGGUGGCGAGUCCUGGUCCUAUACCACGAUGUAACACAUUUCCUAUCUGUAAGCUCUGUUGUCAGUCACCGCGUGUAGAGCCAGAGGUUGCACGACUGCUUGCUCUCCGUGGACGCAAUGAAACAAACGCUGUGAUGCAUCUACGCAGGAAUUUCACUAGUUUAAACAACACCGGCACCUCUAGCGAGCGAU